CACAGAGACUAGAAGUCAGCUCAAAUACCUUCGUGCUAUGGAGACUCAAAAGUACAUGCAUAUUAUUUUUUGUGAGAAACCAUACAAGUUGGGACAAUCUGUACAAGUUGUCGUCAGUCCAGAGGACUUCGAAAUGUUUCAAAACAGGGCGGAACACUUUAAUUUAAAUUAUACGAUACUGAUGCAUGAUAUUCAAAAGGCAUUUGACGCCCAAGCCAUAUCAAGCUACCAGCUCCUCCGACCAGAAACCUUCUCUUUUGAGCACUACCACCUACUGGAGGAUAUUUACCAGUGGUUGGCAGACUUGAACACCAACAAAUCCGUUAACGUACGUCACAUAACCAUUGGAAAGUCGUCAGACGGCAGGGAUGUUUCCAUGGUCAAUAUUAACCUGGAUCCAACUUUCAACAAGCCGAAGGUGAUAGUAGAAGGAGGUAUUCAUGGACACGAAUGGGCAGCAGUUGUAUUUGUGACUUACUUGAUCAACGAGCUGGCCCAAGCUGCUGCAUCGAGCGACGAUGCGUGGAAGACGUUGGCGAAGAGCUACAAUUGGUAUUUGAUACCAGUGCUGAAUCCUGAUGGAUAUGAUUACACGCAUAAACAGGAUCGCUUAUGGAGAAAGAAUAGAAACCGAAACGCUUCAGUCGACUUAAAUAGAAAUUUUGACGAAAGUUUUGGAAAAUUUGAAUCCAGUCCAGACCCAAAUACAGACAAUUACUGCGGAACACACCCUUUUUCGGAACCAGAAACAAAAGCACUGGCAUCCUUCGUCAUGCCUAUUCGCAAGGAAAUCAAGUUUUACUUCGCUAUUCACGCUUAUGGACAAAGGAUUAUUAUUCCGUAUGAGGACAGAAUACAGCAUUUGGAGAAUUUUGGAGAAAUGGAGAACUACAGUCGACAAGCAAUACGGAAAUUGUACUUACGAAAUCAUAUUAAAUUUAUCACAGGAACUGUGUAUGAUACUAUGGGAAUAAGAAUGUCAGGAACUAGCGCAAGUUGGAUGAAAAAACAAAUGAAAGUCAAGUACGUCUACACCGUCCAAGUACGAGACAACGGUACGUACGGCUACACGCUGCCGAACGACCAGCUAAAGCCGAUGUGCGAGGAAACAAAGCUAAUGAUACAAGAGCUAAUGACGGCGAAACCGCGACAUGUCAGGGCGCUUUACGCAGACAAUGCUGAAGUCAACGAUUUGUUUGUCCCACUUAUGUUGUUUAGUGUUAUUGUGAUUUUAACAUUGAAAUAA